GGCAGGCGGUGGCAGAGGUUCCUGCAGCGGUCGCUGGCAGUGGGGUGGGGAGCAAUUCUGCGCCCCUCGGACCCGACCCUUUCAGCGCUCUGCUCCCGCUCCAGCCUACCUCGCUCCUCGGCACCAUGACCACCACCACCACCUUCAAGGGAGUCGAUCCCAACAGCAGGAAUAGCUCCCGGGUUUUGCGGCCUCCAGGCGGUGGAUCCAAUUUCUCAUUAGGCUUUGAUGAACCAACAGAACAGCCUGUGAGGAGGAACAAAAUGGCAUCUAGCAUCUUUGGGACACCUGAGGAAAAUCCUCCUUCAUGGGCCAAGUCGGCAGGUGCCAAGUCUAGUGGUGGCCGACAGGAUUCUGAGUCAUCUGGACCCCAGAGAAGGAACUCUUCUGAAGCGAACGCUGGAGACUUCUUAGAUCUGAAGGGAGAAGGCGACAUUCAUGAAAACGUGGACACAGACUUGCAGGCCAGCCUGGGGCAGAGUGAGGAGAAGCCUGUGCCCGCUGCCCCUGUGCCCAGCCCAGUGGCUCCGGCCCCAGUGCCGUCCCGAAGAAAUCCCCCCGGCGGCAAGUCCAGCCUCGUCCUGGGUUAGCUUGGAUUCUCUUGAACUCUUGUCGUUUUGUUUGUUUUUGUUUCCUCCAUGCUUGUGAACUGCACAACUUGAGCCUGACUGUACAUCUUUUGGAUUUGUUUCAUUAAAAAAGAAGCACUUUA